AGACAGGAAAGUGCACUCACUGCGUUGUCUGUGGAAAGCCAAGCGGCAGAGGGCGAAGUAAAAGUCGAAUAAAAGCUUAACAACCCCUUCGUAACGUUCCCCCAUUCGCCUCAGCGCAGACACCAUAAAGAGCGCAGAUCCGGCCAUGCAAAACGUAUCUGACUGACAGGCUUUACUUUUAGGAAGCUGCCCCAGUCAUUCUGCCAUGUGAUUGGCUAAAGGGACGGAGGGGCGGGCAGCCACACCCGGCUCCCUCACAGUGACUGUGGAAUCUCUUUUACCACCUCUGAAGUUGGUGUGAGUGUUCCUGUCUCCUCUGCGGUCUCACCUUUCAACAUCCCGGGCCUUUUCGGGGCGUAAAACUGGUUCAGGUCAGAUCUGGACAUUAUUUGCCAGCACCAUGUCCGUUUCGGAGGAAGUCGAUGGCCUCGUUCGUCCCCACUAUGGCUCUGUCCUUGAUGAUGAGAGACUUACAGCAGAGGAGAUGGAUGAGAGAAGACGUCAAAAUGUUGCCUAUGAAUACCUGUGCCAUUUGGAGGAAGCAAAAAGAUGGAUGGAGGCAUGCCUGGGGGAAGACUUACCACCCACCACUGAGCUAGAGGAAGGUCUGAGGAAUGGAGUCUAUCUUGCCAAACUUGGAAACUUUUUCAGCCCAAAAGUCGUUUCACUGAAGAAGAUAUACGACCGUGAACAGACCAGAUACAAUGCAACUGGCCUUCACUUCAGACACACAGACAACAUUAUCCAGUGGCUGAACGCAAUGUCAGAGAUAGGGCUUCCGAAGAUUUUCUAUCCAGAGACGACAGACAUAUAUGACAGAAAGAAUAUGCCCCGGUGUAUAUACUGCAUCCAUGCCUUGAGUCUGUACCUGUUUAAACUUGGCCUUGCACCGCAGAUCCAGGACUUGUAUGGGAAGGUAGAAUUUACAGCUGAAGAAAUUAACUUUAUGAAGAGUGAACUGGAAAAGUAUGGAAUUCAGAUGCCAGCAUUUGGCAAAAUUGGAGGAAUUUUGGCAAGUGAAUUAUCAGUUGAUGAAGCAGCAUUACAUGCGGCUGUAAUUGCCAUCAAUGAAGCCAUCGAUCGGGGAAUUCCAGAAGAAACUUUCACUGCUCUUCAGAAUCCUAAUGCAAUGCUUGUAAAUCUGAACAAGCCUUUGGCUACAGAGUAUCAGAGCACACUUCACCAGGCAAAACAGCAUAAAGCAGAGAAUGCUAGAAAGCGGUUAAUGACAGAUAAUGCAGGAGGAGAACGUGAUGUGUAUGAGGAGCUACUGACACAGGCAGAGAUUCAAGGGAAUGUCAAAAAAGUUAAUUUGCAAGCUGGUGUAGAAAAUGUUGAUCAGGCAUUAGAAACUGGGGACCCGCAAAUUCUGUUUGAGGCUCUGAGUUCACCUUCCCUUGCUUUGCGGAUGUUACAGCAUGAAAAUGCUGAAUGGUACCUGAAGACCCUGCAGGCUGAGAAGCAGCAAAAGCAAGAGAGUGGAUUGAAUGAACCCCUACUGAAAGAGGAGUUGCAGGCUGGGGUUGAUGCAGGAAACAAUGCAGCACAGAAAUGUCAGAGAAAACUGGCUGCAGUGACCAGGAUAAAUAAUGCAAUCAGGAAGGGUGUUGUUGAAGAAACUGUGAAGGAGCUGAUGAACCCCGAUGCACAACUACCAGAGGUGUACCCCUUUGCGGGAAGUCUGUACCAAAAUGAACUGGCAACACUACAGCAACAAAGCCCAGAGGGUAAUUUAACGCAUCCAGAACUCUUGGUUGCAGUGGAAAUGUUGUCUUCAGUGGCUCUUAUUAAUAGGGCUUUGGAUGCAGGCGAUGUUGGCACAAUCAAGAAACAGCUGAUUAGUUCUGUUACUGGGUUAAUGGAUGUCGAUGAUGAGAAUCUUCAGAGGUAUAUUGAUGAAUUAAUUAGAAUGAAACAGCAAGCACGGGAGGAAGGAAUUGAAUUUAUUACAUGGAACGAUAUCCAAGGAUGUGUGACACAAGUUAAUCUGACUGUGCAAGAGGAGCAUGAAAGAAUCAUGGCAAUUGGGCUUAUUAAUGAAGCUUUGGAUGAAGGGGAUGCAAAGAAGACCUUGCACGCAUUACAGCUCCCAGCUGCGAAGUUAGAGGACGUACAACCUAAUGUUGCUCAGCAUUACCAAGACACAUUGGUUCGCGCAAAAAGAGAGAAGGCACAGGAAACAAAAGAUGAAUCUGCUGUUCUGUGGCUUGAUGAGAUCCAAGACGGCGUUGUCCUCUCAAACAAAGAAACCGAAGAUGCACAGAAAUUCUCUCUUGGCAUCCUGGCUGUUAAUGAAGCUGUAAAGAAUGGUGACAGUGCUCAUACCCUGAACACCUUGCGGUCCCCAGAUGUUGGACUGUAUGGAGUGACUGGGGAAUGUGCACAGGCUUACCAAAAUGAACUGGCGGAGGUUAAGAAGAAGAAAAUUGAAGCAGGGGACAACGGAAGUGAGUGGGUGCAGCACUGGGUGAAAGGGGGAUACCUUUAUUAUUUUAACUUAAAUAGCAAUGAAGGAGGAUGGGUGGAGCCCCAAGAAUUCACACAGAAUAACACCCAGCUAUCAAAAGAAGAGAUUCAGACUACCAUCUCUGGAGUCUCUGCUGCUUACAACAGGGAGCAGCUGUGGCUGGCCAACGAAACCUUAAUCACUAAGCUGCAGGCCAGGUGCCGUGGUUAUCUUAUACGCCAGAAAUUCAACGCAAGACUGAAAUUCCUGAGGGACCAGAUUCCAGCUGUUAACUGUAUCCAGGCCCAUUAUCGUGGACAGAAGCAGAGGAAAGCAUACAAGGAUCGCAUGCAAUACCUGAAUGAUCAUUCCGAUGAAGUGGUUAAGAUUCAAUCUUACACCAGAAUGUAUCAAGCCAGGAAGCGAUACAGAGACAGACUGCAGUACUUCAGAGAUCAUAUAAAAGAUAUUGUGAAAAUUCAGGCUUUUAUUCGUGCUAACAAAGCACGGGAUGACUACAAGACCCUUAUUAAUGCUGAAAACCCACCCAUGGUUGUUGUACGUAAAUUCGUCCAUCUGUUGGAUCAAAGUGACCAGGAUUUCCAGGAAGAGUUAGAUGUAAUGAAGCUGCGAGAAGAAGUUGUGACCCUCCUGAGAUCCAAUCAGCAGCUGGAGAAUGACCUUAAUCUUAUGGACAUUAAGAUCGGCCUUCUUGUGAAAAAUAAAAUUACGUUGCAGGAUGUUGUCUCUCACAGUAAGAAAUUAACAAAGAAGAACAAGGAACAGCUUGCAGAUAUGAUGAUGUUAAACAAGCAAAAGGGAGGUCUCAAGGCCCUGAGCAAAGAGAAAAGGGAAAAAUUGGAAGCUUACCAGCAUCUUUUCUAUUUGUUGCAGACAAACCCUACCUACUUAGCCAAGCUUAUUUUCCAAAUGCCUCAGAAUAAAUCCACCAAGUUUAUGGACUCUGUCAUUUUUACCCUGUAUAAUUAUGCAUCCAACCAAAGGGAGGAAUACUUGCUGCUUCGUCUAUUUAAGACAGCUCUUCAAGAGGAGAUAAAAUCUAAAGUUGAUCAGAUUCAGGAGAUUGUAACUGGAAACCCCACAGUUAUAAAGAUGGUGGUGAGUUUUAAUCGUGGUGCCCGUGGACAAAACGCCCUGAGACAGAUACUCUCCCCUGUGGUGAAAGAGAUUAUGGAUGACAAGUCUCUAAACAUCAAAACCGACCCAGUUGAUAUAUACAAGGCCUGGGUCAACCAGAUGGAAUCUCAGACUGGAGAGGCAAGUAAGUUGCCAUAUGAUGUCACACCUGAGCAGGCCAUGUCUCACGAGGAAGUGAGAACUAAACUUGACGCUUCUGUCAAAAACAUGCGAACUGUGACAGACAAAUUUCUUGCGGCCAUCAUUAGCUCUGUGGACAAAAUACCCUAUGGCAUGCGUUUUAUAGCCAAGGUUCUAAAAGACACACUGCAUGAAAAGUUUCCUGACGCAGGAGAGGAUGAGUUACUCAAGAUUGUGGGAAAUCUGCUAUACUACCGCUACAUGAACCCAGCUAUUGUGGCACCAGAUGCCUUUGACAUCAUUGACAUCUCUGCUGGAGGGCAGCUCACCACAGACCAGAGAAGGAACCUUGGUUCCAUUGCAAAGAUGCUUCAGCAUGCUGCAUCCAACAAGAUGUUCCUUGGAGAUAAUGCUCACCUAAGUGCCAUCAAUGAAUACCUUUCACAGUCCUACCAGAAGUUCAGGCGCUUUUUCCAGUCAGCUUGUGAAGUUCCUGAACUCGAGGACAAGUUUAAUGUGGAUGAAUAUUCAGAUCUGGUGACUUUAACCAAGCCAGUCAUUUAUAUUUCCAUUGGAGAAAUUGUUAACACCCACACUUUGCUUCUCGACCAUCAGGAUGCUGUAGCACCAGAGCAUAAUGAUCCAAUACAUGAACUUUUGGAUGACUUGGGCGAGGUUCCAACCCUUGAGUCUCUGAUUGGAGAAGGACCUGGCUCUGCAGGGGACACCAACAUUGAUUCACUGGCAAAAACAGAGGUGUCACUUACACUAACUAACAAGUUUGAAAUUCUUGGAGAUGAAAAUGCAGAAAAAGAUGCAAAGACCAUCAUGUUGAACACAAAACGUCUCAUUGUGGAUGUUAUCCGGUUCCAACCUGGAGAAACCUUGGCAGAAAUCUUACAAACACGAGCCACCAGUGAACAGGAAGCAGAUCAUUUGCGAGCCAUGCAGAGAAGAGCUAUGAGAGAUGCAAAAACCCCAGACAAGAUGAAAACAGCUAAGAGCCUAAAGCAAGACAGCAACCUAAUCCUUGAGGAGAAGAAGGAUAAGAUAAAAGCUGGUUUAAAAAAGCUUGCAGAAAUGGGUAUGGUAAAUCCAGAUAAUCGGUACCAGGAUCUCAUCAAUGAUAUUGCCAAGGAUAUCCGUAAUCAAAGGCGGUACCGCCAACGACGAAAGGCAGAGCUUGUGAAGCUGCAGCAGACACACACAGCAUUGAACUCUAAGGCUUUAUUCUAUGAGGAGCAAGUGGAUUAUUACAAGAGUUACAUCAAAACCUGUAUGGACAACUUGGCAAGCAACCGCAAGUUGUCUAAAAAACCAGGACAAGCUAAAGGAAAGAAGAGUAAAAAGAUAUCACUGAAAUACUCUGCGGCACGGCUGCAUGAGAAAGGGGUACUGCUAGAGAUUGAGGAUCUACAAGCAAAUCAAUUCAAGAACGUGAUUUUUGAAAUCGCUCCCACAGAUGAAGUUGGUGACUUUGAGGUGAAAGCCAAGUUCAUGGGAGUUCAGAUGGAAACCGUCAUGCUGCAUUACCAGGAUCUUCUCCAGCUGCAAUAUGAAGGUGUUGCUGUCAUGAAGAUGUUCGAUCGCGCAAAGGUCAACGUUAACCUGCUAAUCUUCCUCAUCAACAAGAAGUUCUAUGGGAAAUAAGAAGAGUCAUGGGAGAAGAUAGGGGAUAGUUUGGGAAAAACAUCAUAUGUAUGCCUUCCUGUCAAAAUGUGGCUUCAGCCAACACAAACUGCUUUUAUACCUGCAUGAGCCUGUGUGCCCACUCUCUGCAAGCAUCCAUCUGUGUGAAGAAGUCAUCCUGAAGCCUGCUGUAAGAAACCAGAAAGGCUUUGGUGCUUCCAAAUAUAGUGUUACAUAUCAUGUUGUAUCUAGCUUAGGGAAUCUAUUUUGGAUGUCAUGAACAAACGGUUAUCUAGAAUGCUGAUUAGCAACAAGAGUAAAUGCACUAAUACACUAUAUAUAUUUUGUUUAGGUGUUUUGUACUAUUUUUUUUUUUUGUAGCAUCUGAUUGCCUGUCCAUAAUUAUUAUCGGUUGUAAUGAUGGACCAAAAAGCCGAAUAGUGUGAGCAGAAAUGUAAAGACAAAAAAAAAAUGUAACCCUGUCCUCAAACACUAUUAUAUUUCAUUAUCAAAAUCAACCAUGAUGUAGUCUUCCCUGCUUCAUUGAAAUUGAUUGUUUUACAGCUGUUGUAGUGUGCCUUACAGCCUCGCGGACAGCAGUUUUAGUGGGGGGUUAUUGUUAAACAUAUUAUGCAAAUGUCCUGAAAUGUAAGGCAGUGAUUGGCUGUCACAGAAAAAUCAGCUGAAAUCAAUCUCAAUUGUUCCAGUUUUACAGCAAUGGCCUUUUUAACGAUUUUCAUUUUUCCUGCUCCAUAUUAGUUAUGCCUUUUACUAACCACGUUCGGCAUUGCAUUUAGCUUGCACCAUUGUUAGACUUGCUGUAUAUGCAGAAGGGACAAAUGCUGCCAAAAGAUGUAUUAGCCAUUGUUUUAUGUGAAUUUUUUAAAAUUUGGGAGUAGCAGUGGUUAAUGCUACCCAAAAUUAUGCUUUUUUUAAGUCUUUUAAAUUCUUUUCUCAGGAAAAUGUAAAAACUUUUCUUUCUUUUUUUUUUAAAUCCGAUAAAUAUUUAGAAUCAAAGAGAAAAUAUAUUGAUGUUAGUUCCUUUCACACAUGCAGACAUAGGAAAGAAUAUGUGUUGAUUCUGCUAAAUGGGCUAUAGCCGAUGGCACCUGAUACCCAGCCCUGCUAAUGCUGAUAUUUUUACUGGUAGGUAGCCUCUAGGGCCAUGCUUGCGCACUGCUUGAAUUAUCAUAGCUUUUUAGUGUGCAGAAAAUAUAUUGUAAAUUAAGUCCCAGUUUUCUAUGAAUGGCCACAAGCCUUUUAUAUAAAUAUAUACAAUUAUAUUUCUAUUUCUAUACAAUUAUAUUGAAAAAAAUACAGUAGCCUGGCAGCCUCACAAGCGGCAAACACAUUAACACAUUUAUAUAUAUAUAUAUAUAUAUAUAUAUAUAUAUAUAUAUAUAUAUAUAUAUAUAUAUAUAUAUAUAUAUAUAUAUAUAUAUAUAUAUAUAUAUAUACAUAUACAGUAUAUAUGUAUAAGUAAAGUCAGAGUGAUAUAAUGUAGUAUUGAGAGCCUGAACUAAAGAAUAUGCACUUCUAUCUUCCUUGAAUGCUUUUGCAGACAAGCUGCGAUCCAGCAAUGUGUAUUUCUUGAAGGUGGAAAGGCUAAUAGAAAUAUAUUUCACAUUCCUUAAAAAUAAUCAUGCAUCUAUUUGUAAUAUAUGAAUUAAAAAACAUAAUUUAUAGGGAAAUGAUCUUAUAAAUCAUAGAUUAUUAAAAUGCUCAAACGCAAGCAAUAUAUAUAUAUAUAUAUAUAUAGUAAGAUAAAAAUAAACCCAUGCUCUGAAUUCAAAUUAAUUAGAUAUUUGGGAUCCUCCCUUCUUAAAGACUUUUUUUUUAUUUAUUAGUGGCCAUGAGUAAAAAGAACUGUUUCUUAAAGUUAUAUUUGUCUUUUUACAGUUUUCUAGAAUACGGUCCCUCCUUGUUUGUUCAUGGGCCUGUACGCCUGCAUCUUUAUUUCUGUUCAACAAAAUAAAAAAAAUCAUUUGUA